AUGACCUCUUUCUCAUGGAACGAUCUCACAACUGUAUUCAUCGUAAUUUUGAUGACGCUCUCUGCCGUCACCAACUUCUUGCUUGUCAUCGACAUUUUGGUCAGCUCACGACUGAGGAAUAUCGUUUUUAAUGUGUGCGUCGGUAACCUGGCACUGAUCAAUGUGAUGCAAAGCGUCACCAUAGCGAUUUUCAGCGUGUCGCACCUGGUGGGUCAUCAGUGGCUGUUGAACCCCAUCGUUUGUUCAUGGAACUGUUGGCUUUCCUCAGUACUCGAUGCCGAAACGAUCUUCGCCGUGACUCUGAUGACCGUCGACCGCGCAAUCGUCGCCUUAUCCCCCAGACUGUACGACAGCCACAUGAGCUUCUGCCGCCUAGCUGUGAUGCUUGCUGCGAUUUGGACUAUAGGUAUCACGUUCUUUGCCCCCGUUAUCUUCAAUGACUUUCGAUCCCGAUUUCACCCUGUCAGCCUCUCCUGCGUGAUGUACGGCAUCCUGUGCACCUGCUUCCCGUUGGUGAUUACGUUCUUUGCGAUGGCUAUCAUCCUGUUGAGGAUACACCAGUUCCGAAGAAGGCUGAGAAAAAUCAAACGCAACAAAAUCAAAGCUUCUACUCAUCAGCUCAAAGACUUUUAUGAACAGGCCCGUCGAGGAAUCUACAGUCUGCUAGUGUUCUGUGCUUUUUUCGUCCUGCAUGGCCCAUAUUUGACGUUCGAACUACUGAGUCACAUCAUGAGUGAUGUUGAGAUCGGUACCACUUAUUUGGAAGACAUCACCGUCACGUGGAUAAAAACUAUAUUUCUGCUUAUUUUUCCAUUUUUGUCGUUUUUCCUAUACUCCGACAUCAGAGCUGAAUUCAAAAACCUGCUUUGCAUUGACAACGAAGGAUGA